CGUUCGUCGCGGUUAUUACUCGAGCAUGAUUCGAAAGCAAAUUCCCCGCGUUCUUUCCGACGCGUUGGACGAAGGUCGUUAGGAAAUAAUACCGUGGAUAAAAACAUCAAUCGCGAAAUUGGUAACUCUUCGAGGCAGUAACUCUUCAUUAAUCUAUGGUCGAAUCGGUGGAUUUGGCAUUAAAGAUCUUGGAUAAGUCUCAAAUCCGGGGUAAAACUCUGUCCGUUCAGAGGGCGAAGUUUCAAAUGAAGGGAGGAGCGUACGACCCGGCCUUGAAACCGAAACGGAAAAAAAAGGAUAAGGAGCGACAGAAAAAGUUGCAAGAAAAACUGUUCGAUUGGAAGCCUGAACGCGCGCCUGGAGAGCCCCUGCGACACGAGAGGGUUGUAAUCAUAAAGAAUCUGUUCUCGCCGGAAGACUUUGACAAGGAAGUCUCGUUACUGCUUGAAUAUCAACAGGACAUCAGAUCCGAGUGCCUGAAAUGCGGCGACGUCCGAAAAGUUAUUAUUUAUGACAGACAUCCGGAAGGUGUAGCACAGGUAACAUUUCGGGAGCCAGCGGAAGCACAGGCGUGCGUUCAAUUGUUGAACGGUCGUUGGUUCAGUCAGAGGAAAAUAUCGGCAGAAAUCUGGGACGGCAAGACGAGAUACAAGAUUGCAGAAACCGACGCGGAAACAGAAGCCAGAAUUGCCAAGUGGGAUCAGUAUCUGGACGACGGACAGGAGGAGCCGCAACAGAAAGUCGCGAAGACUAAGAACAAAGGAGAGGAGAAACAAGAGGGAACGGUGAAGAAUUCUGAAAAAACGGAGACGACGAAACGGUCAAAUAUCGCGGAACGUGCAACGACAGAGGAAGUUGCGAGAGGAACCGAGGCAUCGUCGAAUUCCGAGCAUUCUUCUGGGGAUUUAGUUAGUAAUAACGACUGAAUUAAGGAAAACUCCAAUUAACGGUGGCAAAUUGUAUCGCGGGGCAAGGACUACGUUUAAAGAACAAAUGAUUUAAACGACAGUGAUUAAGAGUAACGUUCACGAUCACGAUUAGAGGAUAUUGCAGCUGACUUGUAUCUCGUUUGUUGAACACCCAAGUACUAUAUUGUAUUAUAUAGCUCCAUAGUCAUCAUGUUGUCGUUACUCGGAUGAAACGAAAUAAAGGAGAGUAAUUUUCCCUGU